CAGCAAUUAUCGCAAACUUUCGAACUCCGAGAUCGUCUCGGCGACGACAAUUCUUCUACCACCGCACAACCACGUCUCUUUGCGAUACGCACCUGGAGACCUAAGACAGAAUGGCCACUCACUCUGGUGCUAUCUCCAAGCGGAGAAAGUUCGUCGCAGACGGUGUAUUCUACGCCGAGCUGAACGAGUUUUUCCAGCGCGAACUUGCUGAGGAGGGCUACUCUGGCGUUGAGGUUCGCGUUACACCGACCGUCACCGAUAUUAUCAUCCGCGCCACCCACACACAAGAAGUUCUCGGCGAGCAGGGACGCCGCAUUCGAGAACUCACCUCGCUCAUCCAGAAGCGUUUCAAGUUCCCCGAGAACUCCGUCUCCCUUUAUGCUGCCAAGGUUCAGAACCGUGGUCUGUCCGCCGUCGCUCAGUGCGAGUCCCUCCGAUACAAGCUUCUCAAUGGUCUUGCGGUCCGCCGAGCAUGCUAUGGUGUGCUCCGCUUCAUCAUGGAGUCAGGUGCUAAGGGCUGCGAGGUGGUUGUUAGCGGCAAGCUGAGGGCCGCUCGCGCCAAGAGCAUGAAGUUCACUGACGGUUUCAUGAUCCACUCCGGCCAACCGGCCAAGGACUUCAUCGAUGAGGCCACCCGCCACGUUCUGCUGCGCCAGGGUGUGCUGGGUAUCAAGGUUAAGAUCAUGCGCGGCUCAGACCCAGAGGGCAAGUCCGGUCCGCAGAAAUCUCUCCCGGAUACUGUUACAAUCAUCGAGCCAAAGGAGGAGCAACCCGUGGUGCAGCCAAUGUCUCAAGAUUAUGGUGCUAAAGCACAGGCAGCACAGCAGGCCGCCGAACAGCAGCGUCUUGCGGAGCAGCAGCAGGAAGGUGCCGAUGGUGGCGAGUACGCAUAGUCCUGACGAGCCAAGCAUAAUUUGGGCAAAUGAUCAAAAAUGCGCUAGAUGGGGACUUUUUGACUUUGCAUGAUGGGACGAUUAUCUGCAUAGUGUAACUUCUUUGAACACAGCUGGGGCCUCGGGGCUUACUGCUACCAACCAUAGGCGCAAGCAAGGCUGCGGGAGUCGUGGACACAAUUCAUUGAAUGAAAAAACAGUUUAAACACAACAGCCAAUGCGAUCCAAUUGCCUCGGA